CGGCAUUAUAUUCUUAUUUGAUCAUUUAAGUAUGUUCAAAUAAAUGUUUAUACCUAAAACCGGCUUAUUCACAUAAAUGAAAUAGCGAGGGGUCUUAUUUAUCGAGCGGCUUUGUGUGAGUCAACCAGUUUUGAGAGGACCGGUUUAUGCCAACAAUACAUUAGGAGGGUGGAACCAGUUGGACGGGUUUUGGACGGAAUAAUGAGUGCUCAGAGCUCUUCCCGGGGCGAAAGCAAUGAAGUGACAUCUGACCAUGAAUCAAUACUGCGACCAUGUGGAAAAGAGGAGGUACCACAGGAUCUCAAGGCAUUCUUUGGACAUCCCCUGACAGCAGCCACAACUGCGAUCAACGGGGACGAGCAUGCAUCAGCCCUUGCACUACUCCAUGAGUACCACAACUUACCAGCAAUAGACCGCAGUGAUAUUAAAAUCAGGGAUAAAUACCAAGAUUUCCCAAAUAAUCCUGGGAAUGUUGGGAGACGGAAGGACGAAAGAGCCGACGGAGCUUAUAACACAGGCGACGCCCCGAAUGUUGAAGAAUACUUCACCAAUAGCGAAAGCAGCAAUUCUAAUAAAUCCACUUCGACAAACGUACAGUUUUCUCUGGCCGACAGUCCUCAAAAGAGCCCGACAACUAGCACGGAGCCAAAAGAACAGCUAUCAGAUUUAUCAACGUCUCAACACAACGGCGUCCAUGAGACAACGGGAAGUAAUAAAAACCUGACUCACACCUCAACCCACCAGAAUGAAGAUUAUAAAUCGCCAGUGAAAAACGACGUGUAUCCAUCACAACACAUCACUUAUUAUCCCGGUGACAAUCAAAUAGUAGAAGGAGUAGUACCCAAUCAGGUGUCUUCAACUCAACAAGGACAUAAUGUAGAACCGACUGCGACGCUGGCAUCUGCAUCAUUUAGCCAGGAACCACCUCAACUAGAUUUCGUUGAUCAGUCAACUUCAUCAGAAACAUUCACUCGGACAACGAUCGGUACACCCAGUAAGGAACAUGAAACUUUGGAUGAAUUCCAAAAUGAUGAUUUCGCAAUGCUCCCAUCAUAUUCUUCUACUAAUGAUGAUUCCGACUCAGACAUUCCACCGAUUCUUGAUAAUAUGGUAGAUACCACUAUAGAAGAGAACAACAACUCCGUAACCGAUGAGCUCAACAGAGAGAGCGACGAUGACAAGAAACCUUCAGAUUCAACGAAGAAAAUAAUUCAAAUAUUGAAUGAAAAAAUUAGGAAAAAACAAUCAAAUGCAAACGUCAAUUCGGAAGACCAAAUUCAUAUUAAUGAAAUAAGCCAAAUUAUGAAAGAAGUUUUGGACAAAUCUGCUGCAAAAUGUCGCUCCAAAGCUCAAGCAAAGAAAAAGAAGACCGGAAAGAGUAAACAACAAGAUACACAAGAUAAAACCCAGGCAAGUGCGAGCCAGUCUGCACCAAACAUGACACAGUUGUUGAAUCAGCAGACCCAGAUGCCCCAACGCUUCCACAUUCCACCUCAAGGCAUUGUCCCCUUACAAAAUCCACCGCCACUAACCGCAAAGCCAGAUGCGCAGGGGCGUUGGUUUCAACAAGGUGGACAAGUUCCAGUUAGAAUAAUGGGGCCUUAUAAUGACUGGAGUGGACCAUACCCAGGCCAAACUAUGCAAGGUCAACGUUUCCCUAUGGCAGCGUCCCCAAUGUUUGGCCCUAAUGUUGGGCAUCAUCAGGGGUAUUACAUGGACGCUGGUGGGUACCAAGUUGGAGUAAUGGACCACAGACAGCCCAUGAUGCCAAUGAUGAAUGAUAACCAGAAUCAUAUGGUUCAACAAAUGCCAGUUCAACACAUGAUGCCAAAUCAAUAUCAGGAUAAUAUGCAGCCAAAGUUAAUCGAUAACGGACUCAACGGAGCGUGCAAUGAUAUGCCAAACAGCGUGUCGGUGUAUGUAAACACGCUAGGUGUUGAUGCUGUAAAGGAACCUCCUGAAGAUGAUAAGCCAAAUGAAAAGAAACCAACUAAAAAAGCAGCCAAACGUAAAAGAUCUCAGUCAACUGGAAAGAAUGCGGUGAUACUACAGCAGGCAGCCAAUCCGCAGCCAGUGUAUACUCCCUCACUCGUCAUACCAAAAAGAGACCCUGAUCCCACCGGCUAUACAUGCUACAUAGAAUCUCCUAUAUCAAAGGCGCAACGCAUUGAAGAAGAAAAAAUCACUUAUAUGAACAAAGGGCAGUACUAUGGCUUAACACUAGAAUACAAAAAUAAAGGAAGAAGUUUGAAGUGCAAUACAGUGAAGUCACUCAUUAUGCUCCUAUUCCGAGAAGACAAGGAUCCGAACCAGGAUAUGAAAGCUUGGGAUUUCUGGCAUAGCAGGCAACACAGCAAUAAACAAAGAAUCAUAGAUAUAGAUAUAAAAAAUAGUACGGGUAUAAUAUCUAGCUGCGCUGAGGAUGUUGCCUCUAAUGCUGUCGUGGUGAGAUGGAACCCUUUGGAGCAACCAGCCAAGAUAAGUUUCACGGUGAAUUGUCUUAGUACGGACUUUAGCAAUCAGAAGGGCGUGAAAGGCUUACCACUUCACGUACAGGUAGAUACGUUUGAAGAGCUUAAGUCUGAGACACCAAUUCACAGAGCAUAUUGCCAAGUGAAGAUAUUCUGUGACAAGGGUGCCGAGAGAAAAACUCGAGAUGAAGAAAGGAGAAAAGAGAAGAGUAAAUUCCAGCCGGAAUUAGGACGUAAGAAAGAAUCCGACAACAAUAUUGUCUAUCACGAAUCUGAGGAGAGGUCAAAGUUUUAUUCCAUGGUGAAUCUGGAGAAAAAACCUCUGUUGUUCCGUCCUAUAGUAGACUACGAAAGCUUCUCAUUCCAGUGCUCGGUGCGCCCCGUCUCACAAGUAGUAAACAGCGAGAAAGCAGACUCAACCAGUACUGAGUUUACCGACACAACACCUGCAAUUAAAAGGGUGAAGUUGUCCAAGCCCCAAGAGCCACAAUCUGCCAUAACUACCACUACUAGUACAACAUCAACUACACCAGCACAUCCAUGCCCAGGUACACCAAAGGAAGAACAACAAAAAGUACUGCUGUACGUCAGGGACGAGCAUGAGAAAGUCUUCACUGCACUAUUAUUGCACAGUCCUACAGUUGUGCAUCUGUCACAGGCGAUAGAAGAAAAGUAUAACAUUCCUACACACAAACUAAGAAACAUAUAUAAAAAGGGUAAAAAAGGUAUACUGGUGAGGAUGGACGACAAUAUUCUAACACAUUAUCCCAGUGAGACAACGUUCAUCAUCGACAUUGACGAGAAAGACGACCAAUGGGAUCUGGAUGACCAUUAUUAUGAUGUGACAUUCACAGAGACAUCAGAAUAA